AUGUUUACUGUUUGUUUGACUGUUUCCAGUCUCUCGUCCAAGCCCCCCAACCUCUACUGUAAUCUCCUCGACUACGGAUCUUUCCAAACAACAUCCCACGCAAGCCAACCUUUUGCCUUCUCGACUGCCCCUCCGGCCACCAAGCAGCCUAGUAUGACAACUGACAGCUGCAGCACAACCUGUCCCGAGGCCAAUGGUAAAAUCUAUGCCAGCCUAUACGGUGAGUCGCUUACGCCAUAA